AUGGUAGAGAAAUUGCAAAUGAGCGAUAAAUUAACUUACCAAUCAGAAAAANCCUAUGCAUGUGAUAAUAAUAUAACAACAAAGUAUCUCAAUUUUGGGUCAUGUGUAUCUAUAAAUAAUUCUCAAUGUAGUUUCAAAACUGGGUUUUAUCUUGAAUUACAACGUGGUUCAACAUUAGUUACGGGAAUGCAGAUUUGUACUGCCAACGAUUUUGCAGGGCGUGAUCCAUUUAAAAUGUCAUUGGAAGGAAGUAAUCAAUCUGGAACAAAUCUCAUUCUUGGUACCAGUUGGACUCUUAUCUACCAUGGUACCACUGGACUACAAGCAGAUCCUGGUCGAUUCAAUUGUGGCACUGUACGAACAAUAAACAAUACAGCAUGGUAUAGUAGUUAUCGAUUUCUUGUUUCUGACACAAGAGAAAAUUUAAAUACUGUCCAAUAUUCUGAAGUACGAUUAUAUGGAUAUUGA